CUUACCUUCUUGGAGUAGAGAUGGUGAUAUCUCUACACUCUUUGCCUCCAUUGAUUUCAACCCACUUUUCCAAACCCAUCAAAAACUAUAAUUUCACCCCCAUUCCCUACUUCAAAUCCCCCAAAAUCCCUAAUCUCACAGUCCUCAAUCUCUUCCAAACUUCAAAACCCCGCCUUUUAAUCCAUCCCCAUUCCACAUUUCCCGCUAAAAUUCCAAACUUUUUGGUGUUCAAGAUAGAAAAUGCGACAACUUUAGGUCCAAGGAACCAAUUUCAAGUACUUAAGAGUUAUGGGGUUAAAGAAUCUGAGGACACCGAAAAAGUGGCAGACUCUAGUGGCGGUGGCGGCGGAGGUGGAGAUGGAGAUGGAGACGAUGGAGAGGUAGAGAAGAAAAGUGGGCCAUUGCCAGAAUGGUUGAAUGUCACUCCCGAUGAUGCAAAAACGGUUAUUGCUGCUGUGGCAAUAUCGCUUGCUUUCCGAGCAUUCGUGGCUGAGCCGAGGUACAUUCCUUCGCUGUCGAUGUAUCCUACCUUUGAUGUUGGGGAUCGAAUUGUUGCUGAGAAGGUUUCGUACCACUUUAGGAAGCCAUGUGCUAACGAUAUUGUCAUAUUCAAAAGCCCGCCAGUUCUUCAGGAAGUAGGAUACACCGAUGAAGAUGUCUUCAUCAAACGAAUAGUAGCUAAGGAGGGUGAUACUGUGGAGGUUCAUAACGGAAAGCUAAUUGUUAAUGGGGUUGCACGAAAUGAAGAGUUCAUCUACGAAGACCCUUCUUAUGAAAUGACACCAAUUCAAGUACCUGAAAAUUCCGUCUUUGUGAUGGGUGACAAUCGUAAUAAUAGCUAUGAUUCUCACGUUUGGGGUCCCCUCCCAGCCAAGAAUAUCAUAGGAAGAUCAAUAUUUCGGUAUUGGCCCCCAAAAAGGAUAGGUGGCACAGUACUUGAGCGUGGCUGUGCUAUUGACAAGCAGGAGAGUGUCAAAGUAUCUGAAUAGUGAUGUAUUCAGCCUUUACUGAUUUUAUGAUUUUUAUUUCAUAUAUAUGAACCAAAACUUGUAUCAAUUAUCUUAGAAAUCAUUCAUGGA